UCGGCCCCUCCCUAGUACCCUUCAGGCACGGUGUGAUUGCUCGUGCUCGGCUCCCAGAGCGUAUAGUCCAAAGAGGAGAGUCCUUUGGGAAGGGGCACAAAUAAAUCACUAAAGUUUUUAACAAGAAAGGGGCAACGAGAAAAUCCUCAACGACCCUCAUCUUGAUUUGUAUUUCAUUUUCGUGGUUAUUUCCUUUGGACGGAGAAAGAUUCGUUCAGAUGAGAGGAUAAAAAAAAAAAAAAAAAAAAAAAAAAAGAGGAGAAAACUUGUCGGAGGAGGAUGAUGAUGAUGAUGAUGAUGGCAUUUAAUGUAGCGCACUCUAUCAAGCUGUAAUCAUUCAGUCCCUGUCAUUUCUGCGAAUGGUCAACAUUUAAAUCUGCGCGCGAAGGAAAGAAGACGUGACCGAGACCCGUUUUGUUUGCAGCUCCUUCCUCACUGCUCUUCUUCUUUCACUUGGAAUUGUUUCUUGAAAGGUUCUUUAAUUCCGCCCCUGUCGUUCGGUGCGUUCACCUCAUCUCCGUGUGUGUGUGUGUGUGUGUGUGUGUGUGUGCGCGGAAUCUCUUCAGCUCAUCUGGUGCUCGGCGGCACGCGGAGAGCAAACACACGCACACACGCACACACACACGCACACACGCGCACGCGCGCGCGCCCGUCCGGUCGUGGAGGAGGAGAAGGAGGGAGCUGGGAGAUCUUUAGUUUUGGGAGGGUGGUGGGGGGGGAUUCUUCAUGUUCGGGAUACCGGAGAGUGUGCAGCGCGGCGGAAGCACUCUUAAGCAGGAGCCGCUGGGCGCCGGGAUGAACGCCGUGAGGACGUGGAUGCAGAGCGCCGGCGUGCUGGACGCCAACACCGCCGCGCAGAGUGGAGUGGGGUUGGCCCGCGCUCACUUUGAGAAGCAGCCGCCGUCCAACCUGCGAAAAUCCAACUUCUUCCACUUCGUGUUGGCUCUGUACGACCGGCAGGGGCAGCCCGUGGAGAUCGAGAGAACAUCAUUCGUCGGAUUCGUGGAAAAAGAGAAGGAGACGACAGGAGAGAAGACGAACAAUGGGAUCCAUUACAGACUCCAGCUUCUCUACAGUAACGGCAUUAGGACGGAGCAGGAUUUCUACGUGCGUCUUAUUGAUUCAAUGACCAAACAGGCGAUCAUCUACGAAGGUCAGGACAAGAACCCCGAGAUGUGUCGUGUGCUACUGACCCAUGAAAUCAUGUGCAGUCGGUGUUGUGACAAAAAAAGCUGCGGCAACCGAAACGAGACGCCUUCUGACCCUGUGAUCAUUGACAGGUUCUUCCUAAAGUUCUUCCUGAAAUGUAACCAGAACUGUUUGAAGAACGCCGGUAACCCACGGGACAUGCGGCGCUUUCAGGUGGUAGUGUCGACCACGGUGAGUGUAGAAGGCCACGUUCUCGCGGUGUCGGACAACAUGUUUGUGCACAACAACUCCAAACACGGGCGGAGAGCACGGAGACUGGACCCUACAGAGGGAACGCCGUCAUAUUUGGAACACGCAGCACCUUGCAUCAAAGCCAUUAGCCCUAGUGAAGGAUGGACAACGGGGGGCGCGACGGUCAUAAUCAUCGGGGACAACUUCUUCGAUGGAUUGCAGGUGAUCUUCGGCACCAUGCUGGUGUGGAGCGAGCUCAUCACGCCUCAUGCCAUCCGGGUGCAGACGCCUCCUCGGCACAUCCCUGGUGUCGUGGAAGUGACGCUCUCCUACAAGUCAAAACAGUUCUGCAAAGGGACACCGGGCAGAUUCAUUUACACAGCUUUAAACGAGCCCACCAUCGAUUACGGUUUCCAGCGGCUACAGAAGGUCAUCCCUCGGCAUCCUGGAGACCCGGAGCGCUUACCGAAGGAAGUGAUUUUGAAGAGAGCAGCAGAUCUGGUGGAGGCGUUAUAUGGAAUGCCUCAUAACAACCAGGAGAUCAUACUGAAGAGGGCUGCUGACAUCGCUGAGGCACUCUACAACGUACCACGCAACCACAACCAACUCACAGGGCUCACCAACAGCUCUGUCCAUGCCAGCAUGAUGGGGGUGAACUCCUUUACUGGACAAAUUACUGUUAAUGUGUCCGAGUCCUCUCAAGGAGGCAAUCAGGGCUUCAAUCGGAAUACAAGCAGCGUGUCUCCUCAUAGCUAUGUGCCGAGCCCAACACCGCAGCAGAGCAGCUACAGCAGCGUGGCCACUAGCAUGAACGGCUACGGCAGCACGGCCAUGAGCAACCUGAGCGGCUCACCCAGUUUCCUCAACGGCUCGGCUGCCAACUCUCCGUAUGCUAUUGUUCCUUCCAGUCCCACCAUGGCCUCAUCCACCAGUUUGCCAUCCAACUGCAGCAGCUCCUCUGGAAUUUUCUCCUUCUCUCCAGCGAACAUGGUGUCAGCAGUGAAGCAGAAGAGCGCGUUUGCUCCUGUGGUGCGGCCACAGAGCUCUCCUCCACCCACAUGCACCAGCACCAAUGCCAAUGGCCUCCAAGAUCAGUCUUUUGUGGACUCUAACAAGUACUCCACUGCCAGUGCACUCCAGGGCUUGGCGUUCUCCUGAACAACAGCAGCAGCAAUCCCUGGAAUGAUCGUUCCUCCUAUGUAGUGUGUGUGUGUGUGUGGGUGUGCGAGAGAGAGAGAGAGAGAGAGAGAGAGAGAGAGAGAGAGAUGGGAAAAGCCCAGGACACACUUUUCCUGGCACUGGUCUCCCUGUGUGUGUACAGAAGACUCCGGGUGUUGACUGACCCAGCAGUCGCUCUCUGAAGGAUCACUUUAAACUCAGGCCCUUUUUAAAAAAAAAAUAAAAAUAAAAAUAAAAAUAAAAAUAGAGAAUCACCUUUGAAAUGAUAGAAGAACAAAAAAAACAAAAAAAAAAAACAAAAAAAAAACAUCACCUGGAUCGUCGUGUGAAGUUUUUGAUGUUGAAGUUUGCACCGAACUGGUAGACCAUCUGUAAUGCCGAAGGGGUACACGCAGCUCUUAUUAGCCCCCGAACCCCACAAGUAGAGCGGUUCUAUUUAUUUGAAAUGUUUGGAUUUGGGUUCGGCAUUCCGAUUUCUGUGUUUUUUUUUUUUUGUGGAAUGAAAGUGAAACGUGACACGAGUGAAUGAAGGAUUAUCGAGUGGUAGGCUGUUACGAAUCGAUAUCGCACCCGUCGUGGAACUUUAUUCACCCGGUCGUCACCGCCUGGAGCCGAACGAAGCGGAAAACAGAACCGACGUAAAAAAAAACAACAAACAAACAAAGAAACAGCAACAAAAACAAAACAAAACAAAAAGAGCGCAAAACAACAAAAAUGACUUGCACUGAACUUUCAAAACGCUAGCGUCAUUCGUUACGGACUUCUCCGUAGGUUCAGAUUGGUUGGACAUGUUUUUCAGGGGAAUCCGGGUCACGUAAUGCAAAAGAAUUUUUUUAAAAAAAUUGCCCUUUUUUUUAAAUGCGUACCCCCAGCUAGAUUAAAUAGGGUUUCAUCCGAGAGACUAAAUUUAAAAACAAAAAACAGCCUAGGUUAUUCAAAACUAUAAAUUGUGUUAUAGCUUAUCGCAACUCUUUUUCCUUCCACCGUUACGGUGGUUCGUUGCGUUCAAGCGACCCAACAGUUUCACUUGAGAUGACUCCUCCAAACAUACCCAGACGACGAGUAAUCCCAGCGGUGGACUAGUACGCGACGCGAUACACGAACUUUUCAUUCGCUCUGCAUCGCUCUUACCUCUCUUGGAUGAAAAACGAUCAACAGGAAGCUGCAACCGAAUGCUGAAUUUGUGUCAGAAUCAAUGUCAUUCCCCUAAAACGGGUUAAACUUUACUCACGCCGGUGGAAGUCAUGCUGCACUGAAAUGCAAUCGCUGUCCAAUCACAGCAUCGUAGCGUUAUUGUUGCGCUGAUGAUCUGCUCAAUAUAGGUGUAUUAUUUCCAUGCCGUGCAUGUGAUAUAUGCACGUGUAUGUCCUGCUCCAGAGUAUAUCCGCAUCUGAUCACUUUACAUUCAUUCAUUCAGCUUCAAUGAGCACUUGAUCCUGGUCAGGAGUCGCCGUGAGACUCUGGAGUCUCUUCCGGGAACGACAGCGAUACGCCACGCAGUACACGGAGAGUAUUGAUUUUCUUUAGUGACAUGCGGACAAUGUACGGCACCGUAUCCUCUUCCGAGCUGUGAGAAUAUAUUCAAUCGUUGCUCUCCAUCCACCCAUCCAUCUUCUAUACCGCUUAUCAUUUUCAGGGUCACGGGGAACCUGGAGCCUAUCCCAGGGAGCAUCGGGCACAAGGCGGGGUACACGCUGGACAGGGUGCCGAUUCAUCGCAGGGCACAAUCACAUACACACUCACACGCCCAUUCGUAUACUACGGACACUUUGAACACGCCGAUCAGCCUACCAUGCGUGUGUUUGGACCGGGGAGGAAACCGGAGGAAACCUGAGGAAACCCCCGCAGCACGGGGAGAACACGCAAACUCCAUCGUGGCUCUCGUCAUAUGUUUCAGACCUCAUUUUGAAAAGCGUGACGCAACGACUUCGCUAAUAAGAAACUGUAACGCGCGUCCCUUCGAACGGACGGUGACCUCGUGGGACGUAUAGAUCAAACUCCAAGACACUCCAAGUCUGAUCCCGAGCUUCAUGCUGGGAUCGGAUACCGAUUGCUUUCCAGUGUGGCAGAGAUCCUACGUACAUACAGUGCGCUCGCUCAACAACCUUCCCUGCUGAUUGUUUUCCAUUAAAGGUCGUGCUUUUCAACGUGUAUAUAACACGUCAAUCCACGAGAAGCGAUAGCGUUUAUGUGUACUGCUUAUAUUUCGCUUUUUUUUUUUUCACUAUUGCGAUUGCUUUUCUAUCUGGCACGGGUGGAGUCUUCUCCACGGUUCUACAACGAUCUCUAAAGUAGCGUGCUUUUUAAAAAAAACAAAAAAAAAAGAUUGAAAGUUUUUCCAAUCAGAAUCAUACCGAAAAAACGUGAACUUCCCAUUUAAAGCUUCAAAUCCGCCAGAAAUCUCAAAGCGACGUCAGACGUCACAUGCUAAAAAAACUGACUACGCGUCAACGAUCAAACCCAGACUGCGUCACUGCUAGCGGUUGCCAAGCUAGAACGUCCACUCUGCGUCGCACACCGCCUUUAUUUUAACUGCCAUUAGCUCUUUCUUUCAUACGUGCUCAUAUAAGAAAAAUAUGAGAUCAUGAAGGGGGGUGGGGGGGGGAGAAAGGGGGGGAGCCAUGAUUGCUAACAAGCACAAAAUGGAAUUUUACAGUAUACAAAAAAAAAAAAAAAAAAACACCAAUAAAACAGUCUAUAAUAUUCAUUCAAAGCCAAUACACACGGUCCAGAGGGACACGUAUCCUCGCAAUGUUUGAAUUGUUUGUUGCCACCAUUGACAAAAUGUUUAUGAAGGAAUGUGUUUUUUGUGGUUUUUGCCAUUUCUGAUUAAAAGGUUGUUUGACUUUUCCUCAGAUUUUUAUUAUUUCUUUUAUUAUUAUUUUUUUUUUUUGUGAAGAAACUGUGAUCAUAUUUGGGUUUUUUUUUUUUUUCCAGUUAUAGAAUCCAUAAUAUCCUGAGUAUAGAAAUGAAGAUUUGAAUGUGAGAAUGUGAGGGGAAAAGGUUAGCGUGAUUAGUUUUAGCGGAUUCAAUGGGUGAAUGUAGGACAUAGGCUGUUUCUAAUUAACGCGGGUGUUUACCUGAUUCCACUAAUAAUACAUCAGAGGGAAAGGACGAAUUAUCGGGAAUUAAGAGGGAGUCAAGAGCAGCUCGAGCACUGUGAAAGUUACAGGCCCUUCUUACUAAUCAUAGGAUAUCACAAUCAAUUAUUGCUAUAUUUCUGUUGUCGUUUUUUUUUUUUGUUUGUUUGUUUGUUUGUUUGUUUUUUUACGUGUCUUUGUACAAAUUCUUAAUACGUAUGCAAAUUUUUUUUUCUUCCUCUUUUACUUUGCCAAAGUUAUCGUUUGAAAUAUAUUUAUACAUGAGAAAGAAGGCAGCUUUAUACAACUACUUUCACUUAUACAUCUGAUCUCAUGGAACAGCAAGAUUUUAUCAAAAUGGAUUAUGAGAAAUUUACCCGUCUCGCAUCAUGUAUGUAUCACUUCGAUUUUAUACGUUGCUUUCGUUCAUGUUUGUUAUGCUAUGAUGUGCAUUUUUUACAUUGUGUUAUUGUUGUUUUUUUUUAAAUUUUUUUUUUAAUUUUUUUUUUUUUUUUUUACAGUUGUUCACAUUUUUAUCCGUCCAUUGUGAUGUGGUUUCUUAUAUCAGUUUCUUGUUUAGGUUAACACUCAUAUUGUUAAUCCCAUCCACAUGAGGCCAAGGGUUUUUUCUUAAUUUUUUUUUUUAAUUUUUUUUUUUUAUACCAUUUGUUAAUAAGUUAAUGAAAUUUUGUCGUAGCGUUUAUGUUAGAUUUUUGUAUCACGUGGCAAAAUUUGUGAAAUGUUCAAUUCUUGGACCUUAUUCACUCAGUGUAUCGUCUGAAUAUAAAUAUACGUCGGCUUUAUCCGCUUUGCUUCACUAUCUCUGAGAUUUGGUUCUACGGACGUCGUGUACAAUAUCUUUUUUAUUCUUUUUGAAUGGUUCGUGUCCAUGUUCAAAGUUUUUUUUUUUUUUCUUCUUUCUCACAUCCACCAGCAGUUGAAAUGCCUUAAGAGUGCAGAGGCUCACCUCCAGUGCGCUGCUGUUGAACCUGCCUGCCGGGUAGGUGGUCAAAAAGUGGACGGUGGUUCGGCGAGGGUUUGAUUGUAAGCGUGUUCAAAACAGCACAAAAUCCCAUCAAAAUUUGCUUCGUGAACUUCCAUUAUUUCCCCCCUAAACAAAUAGUACUCUCAGAAUGUGAUCAUGUGAUCGUCCGAACCAGUUUCUUUCCAGUAAACUCGCCAUAGAUUUUUCUAUUUAUUUAUUUAUUUUCAGAUUUUUUUUUUUUUUUUUUUUUUACAUUUUUCCUCCCCCAAGCCACAGCAUUCGUUAUUCAUCACGGACGAAGACUUAUCGAUUGACACAGAAACCCGAUUUCAAAUUAUUUGACGCUUUUCCUCCUACAAUUUGUUACAAACUGGACAUUACAUGUGUGUGUGUGUGUGUGUGUGUGUGUGUGUGUGUGUGUGUGUGUGUGUGUGUGUGGGGUUAUAUAUAUUGCUGGGGAGGGAAAUGAUAUUAAAAAAAAUUAAAGCUACUGUAAAAACGAUCAUUUUCUAAUUAACUGUAAGAUAACUUUUCAACUUUUCACAAUAUUUAAUUAAAGUUCCUUCUUGUCUGUG